CUCCGACGACCCGGAAGCGGGGACGAGCACAGGGGCGGGGCUGGUCCGAGAGAUGGCGGCGGCGACGGCCGUGAGCAGCGCCAAGCGGAGCCUGCGGGCCGAGCUGAAGCAGCGUCUGCGGGCGAUGAGCGCCGAGGAGCGGCUGCGUCAGUCCCGCCUCUUGGCCCAGAAGGUGAUAGCUCACAGUCGGUAUCAGAAGUCGAAAAGAAUCUCCAUCUUCCUGAGCAUGCAAGACGAAGUCGAGACAGAAGAGAUCAUCAGGGACAUUUUCCGGCAAGGGAAGACCUGCUUCAUCCCACGGUACCGGUUCCAGGACAACCACAUGGACAUGCUGAGACUGACGUCCCCCGACGAAAUUCCGCUACUUCCCAGGACAUCCUGGAAUAUCCUUCAGCCUGGAGAGGAUGAGGUCCGGGAGGAAGCCUUGUCCACAGGCGAGUGUUAUUGGUAUUGGGACUGGCACGUGAGGGUGCCGUGGGACUGUGGCCCACUGGUCACGUGCAAGUCACUGGGGGUCGAUUUUCUUACCGGGGUGAGCCCUGUGGUGCUUACAUUCCAAGACACCCCUGUUAGCUGGCUUAGGGUGAGGUGCUCCCUAAGCCGUCAGGUGCCAGCCGUGAGAGGAGUAACCUCUCAUGCCCUGGCCUCUCAAUUUCUGUUCUCUUCCAAUGUAACCCCGUAA